UUUUUUAAUUCAAAUUUAGUAUUUAACAUUAAAACUCUUGAAAGUUAGUAAGCCACGAGAAGGUUUACCGCUUUCGUAUGGCUCAUGUCAUGGAGGAUGAGGGGAUCUGGUCCGAUAGAGAUCUUACAGAAGCAUUAUUUGGUGACACUGAUCGCCCCGGGCUGGAUGAACACACCUCUAAAACAAAUGUAGAGGACUGUGAAGCGUCUGGUGGACUUUACUGCACAAUUGAAGGGUUGACUAAAGCUCUUGGAUCAGUUGCAAGCUUGCAAUUAUGGGACUUAAUGGGCUUUUCUCUGCCUGUGCCAUCCCUCUUCACUUGGGAGAGCUCCAGUCUGAAAUCUUCUGACAUGCACUGUGAGGAGAGUGAGGUGAAAAGGGAAGAUGCAAUGGAAGUCAGUUCUCCGCAAGAAACGUAUGUUGCCCAGUUUGAAUCGGAGUACAUCAACCAUUCGGUCCCUUUAUAUCAGGAGUUUUGGAUGAGUUCUAUGAAGAAUGAUUUACACAGAGUACAGCACACUGGGUUGUCAGAAUUUGUGUCCUCCAUAUGCAUUUCUGGUCUGAAAACUCCCCCUGCGUCAAGCCCAUCCUCUGUGUUGAGCCCUCCAGGACUACAGGCCAAGUCAUACCCUCUAUGGCAGGAGCUACCGCAAGUAAAGCGUCAUCUGAACUCUCUGAGUGUGCAUGAGAUCCAGCUUCAAGAGGCCAUGUUUGAGCUGAUUGUGUCCGAGGCCUCGUAUCAGAAGAGUCUGAUCGUAGCACUGAAUGUGUUUCAGUGCUCCGCAGAACUCAAAGGGAUCCUGCCCCGUGUGCAGCACCGUGUUCUGUUCUCCAACCUAAAGGAUGUCUGCAGAGUCAGUGAACGAUUUCUGCAGGACAUGGAGUCCCAUCUUAGGCAGUAUGUGGUAAUGUCCCGGGUUGGUGAUAUUGUUUUGAAUCAACGGCAAUGUUUCCAAAAAGUCUACGUGCCAUAUAUUACCAACAUGAUGUACCAGGAGGCUCUUGUCGCUCAACUGACGCAGGAAAAUAAGAAAUUUGCACUGAUCCUGAAGAAACUAGAGGGAGAUCCACAAUGCCAGAGACAGACCCUGAAGUCUUUUCUGAUUCUUCCCUUCCAGAGGAUCACCAGGAUGACGCUCUUACUUGAGAACAUCCUCAAACGAGCUGAACGUGUUGGUUCUAAUGUCCCUUAUCUGAUGGAAGCCAUUGGAGCUGUACGUAAGAUAGUGGAAGAGUGUGACAGGAAUGUCGAACUAAUGAAGAGGACCGAGUUGCUUAUUUGUUUGGACAAGUUAAUGGACUUUGGAAGUGUUAAGUCCGUUCCAUUAAUCAGCAGAGGGCGUCAUUUGAUUCAAGAGGGAACUUUCAAGCAUCUAAUGAUUGGCGGCAGUCACAGAGGCUCUACAGUGUCUUGCAAAGAUGUGUACAUACACCUUUUCAAUGAUCUCUUGCUCCUCUCUGUUAAAAGUGGAAACAGAUUUGUUGUGCAGGACCAUGCACCAUUUCCUGAUAAAGUACGUGUAAAGGAGCUCGAAACAAGUUUGGGAUUUCCUCCUGAAUCCUUCCGGCUCCAUCUGAACCAGAACUACAACCAAUCUUCCAGAGGCCUGAUACUGGCUGCAUCAACGAGGUUAGAAAAAGAGACCUGGAUGAAAGUUUUCUCUUCAAAAUAGGAGGCAGAGAACGUGGAAACGCAGCAGAGUUUGUUCUUAAAGAAAUGGGCACCAUGAAGUGCUCUAAAAAGGCUAAUUUUACUGGAUCUUUUCAUUUUAAUUUAU